AUACAAAAAAAAAGAUAGUCAGCUGUUCGUUUUCCGACUUUACCUUUACUAAUACACCUAGCGUGCGGACGUGUACCUCGACUUCUGCAACAUACGUGUAAUUUUUUUUUGUCGCACGCACAAUUUUCAAUCAGUAGAUUCUACGAGUGCGCGAAAUCAAGCGGCGUUCAGUACAGCUGCAGUGCACCUGUGCCUGUGUGUUCGGCUCGUGUUUAAGUGUGAGUGAGUGAAGACUAUGCAGAUCUGAAACGGUGGUUCAACAGCCGUGGAGGAGGAGUAGGAGAAAGAGUAAGAGCACAACAACAAAAUACAACAAGUGCAAACAACGCGCGGACUACUUCUGUUGGCGGUUAGUUGCUGGUUGCUGUAGCAGUUUCAGCAGGCAGGCACGUUGUUGUUGCUAAAACAUUAAUAGCGAAAUGAUUAGUGAAUAAAACGCGGCGCACGGCCCAACGGCAUAUCGAAUAUGACGGAGGAAAUAACUGGCAACUGGAGCUAUUACUUGUAUAUAUCGCUAACGCUGGUCCCAGUCUAUCUGGCGUUUCGGCUCAUCAAGACCCUCGGCUGGCAGCUCUUUGUCAACAACUGAACACACACACUCACCACUCAGGGUAGAGCUCUGCUCCCCAUUCCAUUCUGCGUUGCAUUUACUGCUGCACUCAGGCCACCAUCCAAAGUUGAAAUACAACAAAAUAAAUUAUAACAGAAUGCAAUAAGGAAAAGUGGAAGCUAAACAGAAGCAGCAGAAAAAUCCAAGAGGUAAAACGAGAGCAAAGGAGCUGUGGAGCUGAGGAGCUGUGGAGCUGAGGAGUAUCACAGGAAAGGAGAGCGAUAAACAAGAGGCCAGCUGCUGGGAUUUGUUUGCCCAAGAAGCAGGCGCUGCCUUGGCCAAAAGAAGCAAA